AUGGUUUCGAAGAUCAAGCGGGUUGCUACUGCAGAAGCAAGAAAGGCGGCUGCACGCAUGUGUGCAGACAGAGACAGUUCAUCUCGCGCCUCAGCAGUAUGUGAUUCGUCGCCUGUUGUUUUUAACAGUCCACGUGGUGAGUCAACACGUGCGACAGGUACAUCCUCUGCAUCUGCAGCGGAUAUCGCGAAUCGUAAUAUAGACGAGUCUGACAUGGAGCUCAUCUAUUCUGGCGAGUCGGAUGAUGUAUCCGACUCGAAGGCGACACAUCACGCCUCCGGAUCACUUGGGACGGACACUGCAAGAGAUAGGUUGGCUGGCUCUGGUCAACGCGGCGGUAUCAUGUCCGAGAUCUUCGGAUCGAACGAUCGUUCCGACGAAUCCUCGCCUCACGCAAGUCCAUCCAACGAUAGGACGCGUGGGUAUGGUGGUGAUGCACCUAUACAUCUUCACGAGCGAAGUAACUCGAGGGACCGGGGUGUCACUGGUGUCAUGCUCAUGCUGACGCCAAUCAAGAGGCCAGGGACCGAAAUGUCCUGCGCUACGCUCCUCAAGUGGAGUCUCCUUGGAUGCCGUCAUCCAAGGGGUUGGAACGUUUGGCCGCCAUGA